CAAAGCCGUGCUCGAUGGGUUAUCAACAAUGGUGGAUGAAAGAAGCAGGCGUUUGUCGUGGGCGAUAGCGGCCUUCAGCUGCCGAAUUAAUGGAAGAUGACUUCGGUGUGGAAACGACUACAACGUGUAGGGAAAAAGGCGUCAAAAUUCCAGUUUACUGCCUCAUAUCAGUCGUUAACUGUUGAAUGUGUUAGAGGUGGAAAAUGGCAGCCCAACAAACUUGUUGUGGUAUGGACAAGACGGAAGAGAAGAAAGCUAACUAAGCCAAUGCCAUGGCAACCUGGAAUCAGCAACCCAUUCCGAGGCAUCAUUGUUUGGCCAGAACCAGAUCCUGUAGACAUUACUGUUACCCUGUACAAGGACUCAAAACCAGAUAGCCAGUUUGAGGACAAAGAGUGGACCUUUGUUAUUGAAGAUGAGUCCCUGACUGGAAGGCGCAAGGCUAUUGCUACAGGUGCUAUCAACAUGGUUGAUUACGUCAGUGUAGAGAAACGCACCUUUGAUGUCACACUAACCCUGAAAGUCGCCAGUAGGAAGUUGGUGUCAGCUUCCCUUGAAUUUAACCUGACCUGUGUGUUGAUCAAGGAAGGAAUGGCGACUGAUGAUGAUAUGAUCAGUAUCGGCAGCAUGUUGAGCUUGGGUGAUGGCUACUACUUAGAUGAUUAUGAUGACGAUGUGGAAGUAGCACCAUCGCCAAGGUUACGACAUAAACGGAACUUGUCACAAGGCCAUGCAAAACUACCAGCAGUUACCAAGUUGCAAGAAGCAGAAGAUAUUAAGACUCGAUCACCAACCGCCUCUCCUGUUCCUAGCAAGAAAAGGAGCAGAUUAAGGUCCAAGUCUGCGCUGGGAGAAAAUACCAAGACCCUGAUUAGUGAUCUUCAGAAAGUAGAAGGCAUGAAAAGGUUAAGUACUGACUCAGAUGUUUCUGCAGACGUGUCAGAUGGUGCUCAGGAAAGUUCAAAAGACAAGAACAAGAUGGAAUCUGAACUGAUCAAAUGGGCGAGGUCAUGCACUAAAGGCUACCGUGGAGUGAAAGUUAGGGACAUGACUACAAGUUGGAGAGAUGGGCUUGCAUUUUGCGCUGUUCUUCACCACUUCCAUCCUGACCAAAUUGACUUUACGUCUCUUGACCCACAAAACAUUAAAGAAAACAACAAGCUGGCGUUUACCGCCUUCGAGAAGCUGGGCAUUACGCGGCUGCUGGAUCCAAUGCAGAUGAUGUUUUCACCCAAUCCGGACAAGCUCUCUGUUAUGACCUAUGUGUUUCAGAUCAGGACUCACUUUACUCGAUCGCAACCACUACCUCCGAGCCCUCUCAGCCUGGUGUCAUCACCCACAACACAGCGUCUACUACCUGCCCCACCUCAGGUGAUAGUCACGGCUUAUGAUGAGGAGCCUAAAGACCCAGAUGACACCCAUGGGGCAGACAUUGACAACAGUGUCAGUAGUAAGGAGUCUACUGCCAAAGAAAUCGAGGAAGGGUACAACCCAUUUCUUGAUGAUGAAGAGUCGCUGAAUGAUACUGAUUCCACGCCAGAACAGCCAGCAGAUCCCCCUGCCACCAGUUUGGGUGACUCCAAGCAGAGAGGAAGAAGUAGCGAGCAAGACGAUGAGUCGAAAUCUCCGAGCACAACUGAAGAAAACAAAGAUACAUUGCAGGAGGCUGCUGGUAAAAGAAAUGAUGUUCUUGUUAAAAGUAAUAUGAAACCACCUCCUAAACCUCCAAGGCUCCAUAACAUCACUAAUACCGGUUCCAGCGUCGAUGCAAACUCAAAAACACUCGAUAUCGUUGAUGACAAAGACAAAAGUGAAUCGAAAGGAUCUAAUCCCUUUGAUGACGACGAAAAAGAAGAAGCUGUAGUAAGCAAGGAAUCUGAUUCUUCCUCGAAAUCAAACAAAGGUUACAAUCCCUUUGAUGACGAUGAUGAUGAUGAUGAAGUCGAUGUUGCAGAUGAUGAUUCUCAGAAAAAAUUAAAUAACACAGAAACUAAACAAGGAUAUAAUCCUUUCGACGAUGAUAAUGACGAUGCUGAAGGCACGGUACAAACUGAAAAGGUUGUAGAUCAAAAAACUGCGAAGAAACCUUCCGGCGUGGUCAAGAGAAGGGUUUCGUACCCGCACGAUUUUAAUCCGUUUGAAGAUGAUGAUGAUUUAGAAACGACGGAAGUUGAUGAAAGCUCAAAAAGGACUGAAUAUAACGAAGGUAAAGAUAAGGAAACUUCGUCAGCAUCGACGGUAAAGAGUUACAAUCCGUUUGAUGAUGAAAAUGACGAUGAUGAAAGUAUAAGUGGUGAUGUUGGUGCGAUAGAUACUAGCAAAGUGGAGAGUUCGACAAGAAAAUCCAGCGCGGAAAGUAGAGGCAAAGUUAACAAAGAGGCCGAAUCUACCUUGCCAAAGCCUGUGGAGACACACAAGAAGAGGCGAGCCCCGCCCCCUCCAGCAGCACGGCCAUCAGAUGAUCCCUGGACUCAAAGGCUUCCCGAUGAUGCUACACCUAGACGUAGGCGAGCGACAAAACCAACAACGCCAGGAACUGGUGAACAAGCAAGCCCUCAGACCUCCCCCGCCAAAAAAGGCCCGAAAAGAGCCGCCCCUGCUCCACCGAGACGACCACCCCUUAUCCCUUCUUUUGACGAGUGGAGGAGCGGCGCGUCAACGGACAGAGCCGCCACUGAUGACAAUGAUGGACAGCCGGCUAGUUCCAAUGCGGAGGGCUCACCAAGCAGAAAAAUAUCUCCCGCUGCAGGCGAUACCAAUGGAAAAUCUGACAGCAGUGGUAGUAAAUCUCCAGGGACAGCUCAUAAAGUUUCUAGUAGUGAUGGAGCUAAUCAGGUUGAUAUUAAGCUACUUGCGCGUCAAGUGCUGAUGGACGCACGCAAAAAGGCUGGGGCUAGCGGUGCGUUGCCCAGGGAACGAGUGGCGGAAAUCGCCAAAACGGCCGCUGAUAAAGCGACAACAGGCUCAACACAAAGCGAAGUUAGUGCACAAGAAAAAGCUAAGGUUGACGAACAGGAUGCUAUGAGAAAGAAAGAAGCUCUGAGACAACGAAAGGAAGAACUGCAGAAAAGGAAAAAGGCCACCGAGAAAGCCCACAUGAUGGUCCAAAAUGCAAUUGCGAGAGAGAAGGCUCAAAAGGCGACUAACUCGCCGGAACAAACAAGAGGUGAGCGAAAAGAUCAGGAAGUCGACAGUGAUGCGCCUAAUCCUGACGCUACCAGCAAUGAUCAGAAACCUGUUGGGAACAAGAAUUUACAGCAUCGUCCUUUAAAACUCAAAGAUAAAGAAAAUGACUCACAAAAACGAAAGUUAUCCACAGAGAAGGACACCAAGUCCGCGCCGGACAAGGCGGGCUUCAAAGAAAGCGACGAACUACAGCGAAUAAGGCAGAUUUUGAAUCAAGGAAAAAAGGAGAACAAAUCGAGUACUUCUGAAAAUGUCGAUCAGGAAACGGACACAGUUGAAGCGCGGAGUGCCGGUGCGUCAGAGGAAGGAAAAGGGAAAAUGUCUGGUUUUAAUACUUCAACAUACCCAGCUGUAAAUGGUGUGAAAGGUAGUCCAAGCCCCACACCUCCGACACGGUCUAAAGCACGCGGUCCGAACGCGGGUCUGCGUGACUAUGUUGAGAGUAGGAAAAUGAACUUUGACGUAUUUGAGGUACCACCCGUCCGAACACAGCAAAAUGAUGAACAGGACAGCGCGGAAACAGGAAAAGGCGACACGACAGAUGGCCAAGCUAAGAAUGAAGACUCGAUAUUAGAUGGUGGAGACCAGGACUCCGAGGACCUAACACAAGAGUUUCAAGACACUUCUGAGUACGUCCGCGAAGAGUUAAAAGUACUUGAAGAACAGCAAGAAGCUUUGGACAAAGUCGGAGAAAAACUCGAAACGGAGCUGCGUCGAGCAAUGGGGUGUAAAGGUUGUGAAGAAGAACAGGAGAAACUGAUGCAGGACUGGUUCGUACUGGUGAACAAGAAAAACGAGCUGGUCAGAAGACAGGGUGAACUGAAUUUACUGUAAGUUUACUUUUGAUUUAAAUGCUUCAGUAUC